AUGGACAAGACAAAAAAUGUUACGGUAAAUAUUGAGUACAAUAUUUUGAGUAACAAAAAUGGCAGUUCAGCAAUUCGAAAAAAGGUGGACAAAGUGGUCAUUCGUGCCUCUUACGAAUACAAGUUUUACAACUUGGUAACGGAUAAUACGACUGGUGGAUUGCAUAUGUUGGGAAAUAACCAAAUACAUAUCACUUCUUUAGACAAGAUAUCAAUUAUCGCUUACGUAUCUGAUACCAAAUCUGCUAUUGAUUACUUCUUAGUACAUCCGGUUGGAAUGGGAGGCGAUUAUUAUGGGUUCUCAUUACCUGGACCUAGUACUACUACCUUAUAUUUUUUGCCGCUUGGAGCAACAAAUGAAACAAUAUCUCAAAGUUAUGGUAUUCACAAUGUUUCAAUAACAGUGAGGCAAAACAAUAAAUCCGAAAUGAUCAAGCAAAUCAUGAAGGUAGGCUAG